ACAGAGAAAUGUCCUACGUCAUUCCAUAGCUUCCGGGCUGGUAGAACUGGCCCGGUGAUGCUCAAAUUUACAAUUUCACUUAAUUUGACAUUCGUAAUAAUAACAGACUAGCAGUUGUAAUUUAUAACCAAACACACCCUGAUAGUAGAUGAUACAAAUAUAAUGUCAGAGCUUGGGUUACAACGAUAAAGAGACUUGAUCCAAUCCUGCUGCGACUCAGACAUAGCGGCUGAGAAAAGAGUGCUAGAAUUUACUGCAAAAAAGAACGACUGCCUGCAACCUUCAGCCACAGCAGCAAGUCAUAAUUUGUAAAGCGCAGUGACGUGUGCAGUGCCCCAUUGCUUGUCUGGUUUAAUUUAUCUCCAGCACAGACUUCAUCCUCAAAAAUGAAGUUGAAGGAGGAUAUGAACCCCCUGCUGCUGCAGGUCUUCCGCUCUGUUGUGUGGGUCUACUCUGUCAUCACCUUCAUACCCUGGUACUUCUUCUCCGGAGCCGGCACAAACUUGGAACGGGCUCGCCGGAUCAAGUCACGCUCAGUUAGUGGACUCCCGUUAGGGCCUUACAGGGCCAUCAACAGCCAGGAGAAGCUGGUGGCAUGGAUGCACCCCAAGGUGGACACCCUGGACAAAAUGUUUGAAUACGCUGCGAUCCGGUUUCCACAAAGAGACUGUCUGGGCACCAGGGAGGUGCUCAGUGAGGAGGAUGAGCUCCAGCCUAACGGCAAGGUCUUCAAGAAGGUAAUCCUAGGGAAUUAUAACUGGCUGUCGUACGGGGAAACCUACCAGGCAGCAAAGUGUUUUGGCAGCGGUCUGGCAGCGCUUGGCCAGAGGCCCCAGUGUAGAAUCGCCAUCUUCUGCGAGACCAGAGCAGAGUGGAUCGUGGCGGCACAAGCCUGUUUCAUGUACAAUUUCCCACUUGUGACCCUCUAUGCCACUCUUGGACCCACGGCCAUCGCCCAUGGCCUGAACGAGACGGAGAUCACGCACAUCAUCACAAGCAAAGUCCUGCUUCAGAGCCGUCUCAAGGCCAUACUGUGUGACGUGCCGAGGCUGCAGUACAUCAUUGUAGUUGACAGUAAACCCACAAGCUGGCCAAACCUCCCCAGAGGCAUCACGGUUUACAGCAUGGACGCUGUGACGGAGAUGGGAUCCAAGCCCGACAAUUUAGCAGUAGACCGCAGCCAGCCGGAGACCUUGGACAUUGCGGUCAUCAUGUACACCAGCGGCUCCACAGGCAUCCCCAAGGGUGUCAUGGUCUCCCAUGGCAACAUCAUUGCUGGCAUUACUGGCAUGGCUGAGCGAAUCCCUAACCUCAAUGAAUCAGACACCUAUAUUGGCUACCUGCCGCUGGCGCACGUUUUAGAACUCAGCGCUGAACUUGUGUGCAUCUCUCACGGCUGUCGCAUCGGAUACUCCUCCCCUCAGACUCUAGCUGACCAGUCUACAAAGAUAAAGAAGGGCAGUAAAGGGGACACCAGUGUGCUGAAACCUACUCUCAUGGCUGCUGUACCAGAGAUCAUGGAUCGAAUCUACAAGAAUGUCAUGACCAAAGUGGAGGAGAUGAGCAAACUCCAGAGGACGCUCUUUGUGCUGGCUUACAACUACAAGAUGGAGCAGAUCUCCAAGGGCUACAGCACGCCUCUCUGUGACAGUCUGGUGUUCAAACGGGUGCGUGCGCUCUUGGGAGGGAACAUGCGGGUUCUGCUUUCUGGCGGAGCUCCUCUCUCAGCUGCGACACAGCGCUUCAUGAACAUCUGCCUGUGCUGCCCUGUGGGGCAGGGCUACGGCCUGACGGAGACCUGUGGAGCUGGCACCAUCAGUGAGAUGUGGGACUACAGCACAGGACGAGUUGGUGCUCCAUUGGUUUGUUCAGAAAUCACACUGAAGGACUGGGAGGAGGGUGGUUACUACAGCACAGACAAGCCCAACCCACGGGGGGAAAUUUUGAUUGGCGGUCCCAAUGUAACGAUGGGCUACUACAAAAAUAAAACCAGGAACUGUCAGGACUUUUUUGUGGAUGAGAGCGGCCAGAGAUGGUUCUGUACAGGAGACAUUGGAGAGGUUCACCCCGAUGGAUGCCUAAAGAUUAUUGACCGUAAGAAGGACCUGGUGAAAUUGCAGGCAGGCGAGUACGUCUCUCUGGGAAAAGUGGAGGCGGUUUUGAAGAACUGCUCACUCAUAGACAACAUCUGUGCCUAUGCUAACAGUGACCAGUCGUAUGUGAUCAGCUUUGUGGUGCCUAACCACAAGCAGCUGAUGACGCUGGCGGAGCAGAUGCAGGUGAGGGGCACAUGGGAGGAGAUGUGCAAUAACUCCCAGAUGGAGAAAGAGGUCCUCCGCAUCAUUACUGAAGCUGCCCUCGCAGCAAAAAUGGAGCGGUUCGAGAUCCCGAUGAAGAUCCGUCUGAGCGCGGAGCCCUGGACUCCUGAGACCGGGUUGGUGACUGACGCAUUCAAACUGAAACGCAAGGAGAUCAAAACACACUACCAGGAAGACAUUGAGAGAAUGUACGGAGGAAAAUAACAUAUGCAAACACACUACAAACAACGCAUACACAUGUAUACUUGCACACAUACACAAGGAGCUCAGAAGCCACUACCAGGAAUACUUGGAGAGCAGUUAUACUUUAGAUAUAGGUAACAAACACACACACACAUUAUUACAGACACACAAAGCGUCUCGUGUAUCUCCUCCUCGGCUUCCCUGCGACCAGCUUCGAUCAAAAGAGAGGAAGAACUCUUGAAUCCAGCGUAAUGCUCCCUGUCAAGACCAAAAGACACUUGAACCAGCUGGCGCGACGCACUCACUGUUCCCCCUUUGAGUUUCUAUGACAACCAAGGCCGGACAUGAAGUAGGACGUCCGUAUGACUCGGAGGGAAAUAAAUGUCAGGCUAGACGUAUAUCUGGAUCAAUGUCAGCGCGUCCUCUCUGUUGCGUCUCUUCCUCCCUUGCUCUCUGGAGCCUUCCACCAAUUCAGCAUGGUCGUGGACUUGUAGUGCAGAUACCUGGCAGGGACAUGGGGGAGCACGAGCCUGAUAGAGGGAUCCCUCCUGGGCUUUAAGUAACUUUCAGGUUGGAAUCAAUGCAGGGAUCUCUAUUAACUUUUUAAUGAUUUUUUUUAUUUUUUAUUAUAUAUUUUUUAGGUGUCGCUAUGUUUCCUUCAUGUUCGGUUUGUCAGCUUUGAACCCCAUUUGAUGAUCAUUGUUUUGUGUGGGAGGAAUCGGUGUUGCAAAGCCAUGAGAGAUUGAGCAUUUUAUUACUUUUUUCUUACCUUUUAUGGUUAUAAUAUUCUGAGUGUCUUUAUUUCUCCUCCUGUUUUUUUUUAUUGCCAAUUUGUUUACACGAAGUACUUCAAUGAGCUUUGUUUAAGUUGUUGUUUUGGGUUUUUUUUGUCUUUUCCUUCCCUUCUUCUGAGUGUGUCCCAAAGUUUGUACAUUUGAGUGUGUGUGUGUUUACUGACUUGACAAGUAGAAGCAUCCAGUCUCCCUUCUGCUGUCGGCCUUUGCAGUAGGGUCAAACAUCAAUUGUUAAAGGCAUCCAUUGGGACUUUUUCCAUCACUUCUCUUUGCCCACAGAUUAAUUUAAUCAGCCCCUGGAUGCCCCCCAACCAGUGUCAUAAUAGAUAUUUUGUUGGUUCACUGAUCAUACCGUAGCCCUGCCACGUAUUCCUCCAGUCAUGACCAAUGCUCUUAGUUCUCAAGGGGAACUUUGCCCGGCGUAGAAAAAAAAGUUACAUUAGUUAGCCUUUCAUUGGUUUCUCUCCCGGUUACUUUUUUUGGCACAACUGUACAUGUUAUCCUUUUUUUUUUGCCAUAGGUCUAGUUACAGUUUGUCUGUUUUUACUCAUGAAUAUGAAAUACAAAAUGAAUGUGCAAUAUUUAUACACAAAUUUUAAACAAGUGUGUAGGAAGGAAAUAAACGCACAUAGAGCAGCCCCUCGGUAGUGUAUGAAUGUUAAGGUCUGUUACUCGUAUUGGAAGACCUGUAAGAGCACAAGCAUAGGAAUAAAGAAGAGGACGGUAGAGAGACACUGACGGGGAACUCUAGAUGUAGCCCAUGUGAACGUACUGUGCUAAACAAUGUAAUAUUCUUUAUUAAGACUGUAAAGUGAAAUUUAAUAUUGGGCAUUGUAGAAACCACAUAAUGAAAAGUGUGCAACUGUACCAAAGCACCUGAAUAUAUAUUUAAAAGAGAAACGAGAGGAUCGCGCUCCAGUCGGACAACUGAAGAGAUUCCUUAUCAAUACACUCCUUAUUCAAUUGUAAGUAUGAAGCAUAAACUCACCAGACCUCAUAGUAUCUUCAAAUUGGUUUAUGUAUAUGACACUGUAUGUACAAUUUAUAUGAAAAGGGUCAACUGCCAUUUGUUUGAACUCAUGUGUAACAUACUUUAUGCAUUAAUUACUGUAGUUUUCUGAGUCAUUCAGAUUGCUGGGGAUAUGAUCUGAAAAGCAUAAGUACAUGUGACAACCUUGCUUCAGUCUUUCUUUCUUCUCUUCACAUUUAUGGGCAGAAGAUUAAAUAGUGUUUGGUCAGUGGUUCGUCGUAAGAGUGACAUCUUUCGCACAGCUGCCCUCCUUGUAACGCAGAUCUGGCUUUGCUUGUACUAAAGACAUUUAGUGUUAUUAAAGGUACAGUCAGGUACUCUAACUACUCUUAUCAGAUGUCUGCUAGCGCUACGUAAAAAGGUUAUUUUAGCAUGUAAUAAAACAAUUGACAGUACUAUCAUGAUGAGGGGGGGGAAGUCAUUCCUCCCUGUUUUGUAGAACAGUUCUCUCGACAUUUUAGUGGAAAGUCGGUAGCUUACUGUGCUGUUUGCUGCUUUUCCUCUGCCUGGCUGGAGGCGGCUAGUUGCCUUCUGACACACAUGAGCUGUCUUCAGGGGUCUUAAGAAUGUGAAGCACUUCCCACGUUUUGUCGAUAGCACACAUUGCUGUGUCCUACUACAUCUAUAACUAACGGCAAGGCAAAGACGGUGGGGCGGUGCAAAGACCACUCCUGUUGUUGUUUUCACUUGCUUUGUAAAUAGGUUGAGAGGGGAGGGGGAUCAAUGAUUCUAGUACAUUCAAACUACCAAUAAUUGUACAGGUUUAAAAUCUCCUGUUAUAUUUAAUUAUCUUUAUUACUGACCAGUUUUUGGGGGUCACUUUGUUGAUUUGUGUGGUUAAGUGACCCUGCGAGCCAGGCUAUUUGCAAGUGUCUCCUUCCUUAUUUAUUUGUAAUUUGGCCUUGAAAAUUAUGUAAUAAAUAAAAAGGUUUGUGUUGUAAUUA